AUGAAAAUUACCGUUACCACGCUAAACGACGACAUCUUCGUUCUCGAUGUUUCUGAAGAUUUGGAGCUUGAAAAUUUCAAAACAUUCUGUGAAAUUGAAACUGGUUUUCCCGCUAAAGAUAUAAUACUAAAUUAUAAUGGGAAACCUUUACUCGACGACAAGAAAUCUUUGAAAGAACUUGGGGUAAACGAUGGAGACGUGAUUGUUUUGAUCCAUUUGGUGCAGUCAGCUUCGAAUCUAAAUGCUAGCAAUGCUAAUCAAGCAGUCCCUUCUGGUUUGGCUAAUCUUGACUUCAGUAAUAUUCGAGUACCAUCAGCACCAGGGCCAUCAAUGGCUUCGAGGAACACACCAGUGGAAGAGGAUCCCCGCAUAAUUCGAGAGAUGUUUCUGGCCAAUCCAGAUCAGCUCGCCUUACUUAAACAAAAUAACCCCCGUUUAGCCGAUGCUUUACUGAGUGGCAAUCUUGAUACAUUCGCUUCAGUUCUGAGGGAACAAAUAUCAGCAAGAACUGAACGUCAACAACAAAGAAUACGGAUGAUGAAUUCUGAUCCAUUUGACACAGAAGCUCAAAGGUUGAUAGCGGAGGAGAUAAGACAAAAAAAUAUAGAAGCAAACAUGGAGGCAGCCAUGGAAUACAAUCCAGAAACUUUCGGGACUGUUGUUAUGCUGUACAUUAACUGCCACGUGAAUGGGUUUCCUGUAAAGGCAUUUAUAGACUCAGGAGCACAAACUACAAUAAUGUCUGCGGCGUGUGCUGAAAGAUGCAAUAUCAUACGUCUCGUCGAUACAAGGUGGGCUGGUAUUGCCAAGGGCGUGGGUGUACAGAGAAUAAUAGGACGUAUUCACAUGGUACAGAUGCGAAUUGAAAAAGAUUUCCUUACUACAUCAUUCUCAGUUCUCGAGGAACAACCCAUGGAUAUGCUUCUCGGACUUGACAUGCUCAAACGCCACCAGUGUAACAUAGAUUUAAAGAGGAAUGUUCUUGUCAUUGGGACAACGGGUACUGAAACUCCCUUCCUGCCUGAGUCAGAGUUGCCAGACUGCGCUAGACUAUCUGGCGUCUCUGAGGAUGAUAUACAGGAUCGACAAGUGCAGGACUUUGAAGAGCGAGAAAUGAAGCAAGCUGUGGAAAAAUCGAAACAAGAAGCUGCAGUGAAUCAAAGUACACAAUCCACUAUUUCAAGUGAUUCGUCAACCUCUGUGGGUCAACAAAGUGCAAGAGUUGCCCUAGAAGAUCCCAGCCGCAUAAUUCUUCCUACUGACCGCUUUAACGAGAGCGAUGUUGAGGAAAUCGUCAACAUGGGAUUCACAAGAGAACAGGCAAUUGUCGAACUGCGUCGUUUCAACGGCGACAAGACCUGUGCAACUGUGGCCCUUUUCGCCAAAUCGCUAAAGUUUUGA